UAACAAUCAUGGAUUUAAAACCGACGUUGAGUAGCCUUGGUUCUAGGAUUAAAGAACUCGCAGAAUCCUUGGAACGCCACCUCAGGGAGAAUGGUGUCGAAGCACCGACCCUAGCCGCAGACAGUCCAAUCAACAUAUCCAAGUUCACACCAGAGAUAUUUACGAUAAAGCAGCAACUUGCCGAUGCUCUAAAUGACUUGUCCAUUAUCUCUCAAGGACCGAGCGAAAGUGUAUUCAACUACGCCCACAACGCCAUUCCUGAUGUCGCAGCUCUAAAUGUUUUGAACCACUUCAACUUCUGGUCUGCUGUCCCUCUAGAAGGAUCUGCUUCGAUUACCGACAUUGCAAAAUAUACUUCUCUCCCGGAAGAAGCUGUUCAGCGUGUAGUGGAACAUGGUAUGAUGCUCCGGUUUUUUGCUUACACGGAUCCCUCCACACCAAAAACGUCCCACAUCCAGCACACAUCUCGCUCGGCUGCCCUUGCUCAAUCCUCUGGCUUGAGAGCUCUCGUCCACUCGUGCAUACAAGAGUGUGGUCCACCAAUGAUGGUGAUGCCAGAGGCACUAGAGAAAUACAGCCUCAGAAAGCCCACCUUGACAAGGGACAUUAGAGAGACAGCUUUCGCCUUGAGCCAUAGUGGUGGAGCAGUUUUCGGGAAUUUUAGUACGGUCUGGGACUUUCUCGAAAACGAUGGCGAAGGAGAAAAGAAAGGAUGGCGGCAACGGAGCUUUAAUACGUGGAUGACUUAUAUCAAUGAUAUCUUUAGGAUGAAUGAAGUUUUGUUGGAAGCACUGGAUUGGAAAGCGGCUGGUGAUGUGACUGUAGUAGAUAUCGGUGGCUCAGGAGGCCACGAUACCUUUGCGCUUGCAAGCGCGUAUCCGAACCUCAACAUCAUAGUUGAAGACCUUCGCGAGUGCAAACCUAUAUUCGAGAACAACGUCCUCGAACAUCUCAAAUCACGCGUGGCAUUCCGUGAACACAACUUCUUCAACCCACAACCAGUCCAAGCCGACAUCUAUAUACUAAAAUUUAUUUUCCAUGACUGGCCGGAUAAGGAGUGUAUUGCGAUAUUACAGGCUUUACGACCAGCUUUAAAGGCUGGAGCUAAGGUUCUCUUUAUCGACUACAUCGGAAAAGAUGGAGAGUUCGACCCAACACUGCCGCGUUCCAUUCGUCAACUUGGCACCUCGACGGACUUGAGGAUGAUGGCUCUCUUUAAUGGAAGGGAGCGCCCCGUCGACACUUGGACGGAGAUUUUCCGCGCUGCGGAUGAGCGAUUCGAAGUGGCGAGCGUGAAGGCGAAUGCUUUAACAUACAUACUGGUAAUAGAGGCAAUUUGGCGGGGUAAAUAGACGGCGAAGGAGUAAAAUCUUGCGCAUAAAUUGUCA